CGUCCUUGCAGUCAAUGUACUUUCCUGCGUAGUAAACAUAUAUUAACGGUAACUCUCCAAAUACCACUACCAUUCCUUUUCCAACUCUACCUUUGGGAAUGGCGACACAAGCAAACUCGUUGGCAUUCUCUGCCCAAUAUGUUGCUGCCAUACAUAGUGUUUGUUCUUUAGCAGCAUUUGUCAUUCCACUAGGUUUAACUUUGUAUUACCAUUAUCAUGAGGUCGUUAAAAACGAAUUCUUCUCGUAUCCAGAUGAAUGGUUUCCCUCUGUUUCAGCGACCAUCGGCGACUGGUACCCCGAACGUGCAGCCUUUCAAUAUCUAAUCGCUCUCACUGCGACUCCCCGUCUACUUGUCCUCCUUCUAUGGUUAUCUCUAACCGGUUCGAAAAAACCUUCCGCCUUGAUUACUACUUUCAUCGGCGUGCUUCGAACUGCCCUUUGCGGUGGAUGGGUCUAUGUAACUUCUACGGACGAUCAUAAUAUGCAUGAUGUCUUCAUGAUUAGUUACUUGCUUAUGAACGCUCCUUGGUUCAUUCUGACUUCAAAGUACUCUCCUCCAAAUGCCAGUGCUUACCGUGUUCGAAAAUACGGUUCUUUCUUAUUCGUCGGUACCGUUUUCCCUCUUAUUUACUGGUAUAUUCAACAUAAAUUCAAACGAAUCCCUGGUGCCUAUACAAUUUACGCAUUCUUUGAGUGGUCCCUUAUUUUUUGGGAUGUUUUAUUCGAUUCUGCUCUCUACUUUGACUUUCAGCCUUUGCGUCUUAACUUCCAUGUUGCUGAUAAUUCCAUAAAGUCUAUAUCUUCGAAUGUUCCCUCUAAACCCCAAGUAGAUGACAACCAAUACACAUAUGCUAAGGCUGCUUCUUUAAGUCUAAAGAAAAGAGAGGCAGACAAAUCUGUUUGCUCUACCACACAUAUCUUUUCUAGUUUUAUCCAAUUUUCUUCCGAAACUUACCUCGCGUAUAUCUUCUGGAGCGUACUGACUUCUUUAGGUCUUUUAAUUUGGUAUUUUCCGCUCUGGCAUAUGGGUAUUUCUGGCUAUGAAGCUUCUAUUGUAGUUCAGCUUUCUCCGUUUCUUUUGGCAAUUCCAUAUUUCAAGAAAUUAACUUCUAGCGUUCCCUUUGUUCCUUUGUCAUUAACCUUGGCAGGUGUUGCUGCCUAUCUGGUGGUAGACCCUGUAUAUAGACUUUUUACUGUUGCCUUCGCCGUUUUCAAUGGCUGUUUAGGAUGGUCUUCUCUUUUCUCAAAUAGUAAGCAUUCCCCCGUUUUACUGGAGCGACGAAUCACUACCUUUUUGCUUGGUUUGAUUGCAUCCUCUGUGGCUAAAUAUUCCUUUUUCUCGAAUAACCCAAUUUGGCCCAUUCUUAAUGAGACCAAUGGAGGAAGACAACCAGUUGCCCUAGUUUUUGGAGUUUUGGCAACUCUUGGCUUUUCUCUAUGCUCUUCAGGUAUUAAAGUUCCUCAAGAAGCUUCUCCAGAGACAGGUAAAACUACACCAUCUCUCGUUUCUAUAUUUGGUUUAGGUUCUACUAUCUUUGCUUUACACACAUUGCUCUGCGAUUCCACUAUCCUGAUUUCCUGGUCUUGGGAUGGAUAUCCAAUUAAUGGACCCCAAGCUUAUCCUCAUGGCGCCGUAUCCAUUGCCGUUGCUUUAGUAGCAAUCGUUUUGGCACCUCGUUUGUAUAGAUCAUUCUCGUUCAUGCUCUUUGGAUUUGUGGCCUCCUGUGCGGGAUCGUAUGUUUUUUAUUUAAAACAUGGUUGGCAAAGCUACCUAGGUGGUCUCGUGCUUUCCUCCUACGUGCUGAUUUCUGCUUUUCCUUCAAUUCGAUCCGCAGUAUUAUCCAGUCCAGCAAAAAUCUUUGGUGGUGGAUUCUUAGUAUAUAGCUUGUAUUCUUUGGCACAUGUUUGGGUAGUAGCGUACGAAUUUGUUCCUGGUGGCUUUUUACUUCGUGAAAAAACCUCCUAUCUUUUAAUUGCUCUUGCAAUUGGACUUUUUUGUCCAUUAUUAGGUUAUAGCAGCUUCAACUUGAAAAAACAUUCCCCAGAAAUCAACCCAAAUACCGAAGAGAAGCUUGCUAUCAAGCGUGGUUUUAAAAAGUCCGUUGUGAUAGCAAUAGGCUUGGCGUUUAUGGCAUUUAAGUAUGCUAUAAUGUACAAACCACCGUAUGAUUACACUCCUUACCAUCCUGAUGAAAAGGUAUUUACCGCGGGUAUUUGGACAAUUCACUUUGGAUUGGAUGAUUAUAUGUGGGCAGCUGAGAAUCGUAUUCGGGAUGUUGUUCGCGACAUAGAGUUGGAUGUUUUUGGACUGUUGGAAUCCGAUACCCAACGCUUAAUUAUGGGAUUCCGUGAUUUAACACAACUAUUAUCUCACGAUUUGGGCAUGUAUUCUGAUUAUGGUCCUGGUCCUGACAAGCAUACAUGGGGUGCAGCAUUGUUUUCCAAGUUCCCUAUCGUCAAUUCCACACACCAUUUACUUCCAUCUCCCUACGGUGAGCUUGCUCCUGCUAUUCACGCGACUUUGGAUGUUUAUGGAGAACUUAUUGAUGUGAUUGUUUCCCAUAAUGGACAGCAUGAAAACGCAUUAGACCGUCAAUUACAAAGCACGGAACUUUCAAGGAUUAUGAGAGAAAGCACAAGACCUUUGGUCUUCUUAGGUUAUGUAGUUUCUAAUGCGGGUGAAGAACCCCAGACCAUUUUGACUCGUAACAACGGAAUGCUUGACAUUGAGCCAGCCGAUUUCGAUCGUUGGUGUCAAUAUAUCUUAUACAGAGGUGUUAAGCGGAUUGGAUAUGCUCGACUUCAUCGUUCUACAGUUACAGAUACCGAACUGCAAACUGGAAAAUUCCAAGUUACGCCUGAUUUAGGAUCGAAUAUUCGCGUUUCCCCUGAAAGCAUUCCUGAAACGCAUCGUUACCCUACCAAGUUUGAGGGGACAGGAGUAAAUGGACAUUAUUACGAUAACAACCAAGUUGUUCAUGAACCAUGGUAUUACGACUAACUUCACGAAACGGCUUUACUCUUUGACUAGUUUCAAUUACCCUUAUUUUUCGUGAAGAUUUCAUUGAAAGCGCAUUUGAUGAUUCUGAAAACAAUGAGUGUCAUUACAUAUGAAUUAAUUUCUGACUAGUAUCUGCUUUGUACAAUGAAGUGAUAUUUAAUUGGUACUUCCUUUAAUAAAUGAUUACGAUCUUAAUAAUAAGAGAGCAUGCAAAGUGAAGCUAUAGGCUAGAUAGAAGGUAUAUCGUAGGUAAACAUGAACG